ACGCGGGCCAACUUGCAAAACGGGCCAAUGCAUGAAACCGGCCCAUUUUUAAGCCCGGGUCCGGUUCAACCGACCGGGCCGGGCCGGGUUUUAAAACAAUGCCAAAAACCCAACCCAACACCAACCCAUUUCAAUUUAAAGCCCCAAACCCAACCCAAAUUUGACCCACUUCAAAUUUUAAGCCUGCAGUAGCCCACUAACCAUCUUGACCCAAUCCAAUCCAAAAAAAAAAAAAGGAGGAGAAAGGUUCGGCCCAAACCCAACAUCAAAACCCUAGCAUCUUGUCUCUUUCAUAGAGAAGGAAACGAUCGGACAAGGCAGAGCAGCCAAAAAUGCAGCAACCCCUCCCCGUCUAGAGUCGGUCCUGCACUCCUCCUCUGCGCCCCUGCCCUUACCGCCUGCACCAAAUCAUGCACUCUACCCCUCCCUGUGCACCAAACCCGCUCCACCUCCCUGUGCACCAAACCUGCUCCACCUCCCUCUGCACCGAAUCUGCACUCUACCCCUCCUCUGCACCAAAUCAUGCACUCUACCCCUCCUCUACACCGAACCAGCCUCUACCCCUCCCUGUGCACCAAACCCGCUCCACCUCCCUUUGCACCAAAUCAGCUUCCACCCCUUCUGCACCGAAUCAGCUCUUUCUCCCCUCUGCACCGAAUCAGCUUCCCCUCCCCAUCACCGGCAAUCAUACCUCUCUCUGCACCGAACCCAUGCCUCUCCUCUGCGCCCCACCUUUGGCAAUCGUAUCCACCCUCUGCAUCGAGCCUACACCCUCCCUCCUCUGCGCCCAAUGCCGGCAAUCACACCCCCUGCACACCGCACCCCGCCUCCAAUCCUACGCCUCACGCUACAGUCAACAGAGCAUGGGACAAACUCCUGCAAAAUGACAGUGUUCUGCGAGGUCAAUUUUGGCCCCAUUCGAUCCACAGUAGGAAGAAAGAGGACAGAUCGAAAGGUUAGGAAGAGGGGUUCUUUUUUUUGUUUUUUUGGCUUUUGCUUGUGUGGGUAUAAAUAGAGGUCUUUAGAUUUGGAAUAGGGGGGGUUUUGGUUUGGUCUGAAUCUGGGUGGCUGGAGGUGGCGAUAAGAGGAAGAGGAUCUCGAAUUUCCAAAGCUCAUCGAAGGAGAUUGUGCAUUCUCGGGUUUGUUUUCUUUCCGUCUUAGGUAAAAAAAAAUUCCCUUUAAGAAUCUGCCAUUUUAUUUCUUUGUGAUUUGUUGUUGAAGUCUCUUUCUUGGGUUUAAUGUUAGAUUUGUUUAUGUUUGUUGGAAAUGAAUGAAAAAUCAAGGAAUGAUUCAGCUAAAAAAGAACUCUGCCGUGGGUGUUUUUCUUAUUUUUGGGUUGAUGUUUUUCUGCAUUUUUUAAGUUGUAUGUGUUUACUAGAGAAUGAAUGGAAAUCUUUAUA